CCUUCGGACACGGUGAUCGCGGCUCCACCUUAUCGGCGACUGCAGGAGCUUGACAUAUAUACGGUUGCGAUGCGAGGCCGGCCUCAAUCUCGGCCUAAAUGAAUCUCAAAGCGCGUCGCGACCCCGUGAAGAUGUUCGCGCCUUCGGAACUGCCCCCCGUCGACUGUUGAAGUCCACAAGUCUGUGUCGCCUAUUCGUCCAAGUGCCCUUCGCCACAUAACCUCUGUGAGCAACUGUGAAGCUGUUCGUCAAACGUUCGGCCAAGUGUGACACACGAAUGCCGCGCUGCCGUCGGCGCUGCUGCUGCUGCUGCUGCUCAGCGUAGCUGCUCCUGAGGCGGCGGCGGGCCCUCCUCUUCCUCCCCUCUCCAGCGCCCGCCGGUCCAAUCGGAAGCCUUCGUCUUGGCGUGAUGUCAUCGGAGGAAGACUCGGCCGCGGAGAGCCAACUCAGUUUCGCACGCGCGAAGGCCAAGAGGAACACGACGUCGUCGCGGCUCCCGCGCGUCGACGCCGGAGAAGCGCGAGCACCCGCCGUCGUGGCCCCCCCUUCGAACGGAACGCCGUCGUCGCUCGACCUGCGCUCGCCCCCUCCGCCGCUCCGCAAUGGCUUCAUGAGCGGAGACGACCACCUGGAGCAGCAGCAGGCUGAGCGCGGCGGCCUGCUCCGCGACAUCCUGCAGGGACGCCGCGGAGCCGAGGAGGAGGACGAAGACGCCGCGUCGGCCGACGAAGAGGACGACGACGACCGAGAGGAAGACGUCGGAGACGACGAGGACGACGACGAAGAGAUGGCGGCCGCCGCCGCUGCGGACGGAGCCGGCAGCGCGCGGGGCGCCUCGGACGACGAGACGGACGCAAAGAAGGCACGCGUCGAGAGCAUCGUGUCCAACAUGCGCCGGGGCGGCAGCAACGGAGAGGCGCCGGCCAACGCCGCGGCGCCGGCGGUCAACGGCUGCAAGAAGCGCAAGCUGUACCAACCCCAGCAGGCGCUGUCAGGUGCCACCGACGACGAGCUGCGGCUCCGCAACCGCGUGGUGGCCGAUCGCGAUUCGUUCCGCCAGGAGCUGCUGAGGCUGAAGACCGAGGUGGCCACCAUGCAGCAGCGCUACGACGAGAUGCGGAGCGAGGACGAAGACGACGAGAUGGAGGACGGCGCCGCGUCCGACGACUCGACCGCCGCCGGCGGCCGGCUGAGCCACAACAACAACAACAACAACAACAACGACGACGACUGCCGGGAACUGACGACGCCCCCUUCGGAGCUGUCGACGGACGCGCCGCGCUCCUCGCCGCUGCGGGACGUCAAACCCCCUGUGCGCGGCGACGCUCCCAUGGUCAGCCCGCCCGGAACUCCGCCGGACGACUUCCGCCACUCGCGCCUCUCCGUCGACGGCCCGCGCCAGACGUGCAUUGUGAGACCUCCGCCCAUGGUGUUCCCGCAGGACAUGGAGCGGUUGGUGACCACCAUAAAGUCCGAGAUUGCGUACGUCAUACCGCGUGUGAUUGACAACGUGUUCUGUCGGUUCGUGCGCCAAGCCCCGGACGGCGGCCUGGCUGCCGCGGCAACGGCGGCUGCCGCAGCGGCCGCCGCCGCGGCCGCGGCCCAGCACCCUCCCCCCGCGCCGACGACGGUGGCCCGGAGGCUGGACGGCGCGCCGCCCUGCCGCGACGACCAGCGCAGCAUGCUGACGCAGAUGCUGGACCGCAAGUCCCCGCGCACCAAGGUCCUGGACCGUAACCGCCUGAAUGGCCACCGGGGCUCGCCCGGCGGCGGCCCCGCGGAGCGUGCAUUCUACCCGAGCGCCUCGUCGACGCCGCUCAAGAGCCGGCACACGCCACCGUUCUCGGAGCCCGCGAUUCCCGAGCAGACCGAGGCCAUGUCGCUGGUGGUGCCGACCAAGAAGAAGAGGCACAAGGUCACGGACACGCGGCUGGUCGGCCGCGAGCCCGGCAGCCCCUCGUCCAAGGAGUCGCCGGGCGGCGGCGGCAGCGCGGGCUUUGCGCCGCCGCCUCUGGUCCCUGUGUCUCUGAACACGUCGGUGGCCAUCCCCAACCCGAGCCUGCACCACGCGGCGGCCGACGUCUUCUUCCACGUGGACCAGCCGCGCAGCCUGUACGAGGAGCAGCCGCUGCCCCUGAUGCUGGCCGCCGCCCACUCGCCCGCCGAGGCGCCGCCGCACCGGUACCCGUCGCUGGCGGGACCCCGGGUGCCGCCGCCGCCGCCGCAGGAGAACGACUCGGAUACCAGCCAGGAGUACGACUCCAGCAUGGCCAUGAUGUCGUUCCUCAAGUACUUCAACGGAGCCGGCGGACCUUCCUCGCACGGUCCCGCCGCCGCCGGCCUUCCCGGAGGACCGGGCAGCCAGAGCGGCAACCACGGGAGCAGCCGGGGCGACAACGCCUCGGUGGCCUCGGACUCGCCGGGAUUCAAGUCCCUCGGAGGCGUCGGCAGCGGCGGCGGCGGCGGCUACACCAGCACGUUGACGCCCAUGCAUCUGCGCAAGGCCAAGCUCAUGUUCUUCUAUGUGCGGUACCCGAGUUCGGCCAUCCUCAAGAUGUACUUCCCGGACAUCAACUUCAACAAGAACAACACCGCGCAGCUCGUCAAGUGGUUCUCCAACUUUCGGGAGUUCUACUACAUCCAGAUGGAGAAGUACGCCCGUCAGUCUGUGAGUGAAGGCAUCAAGAACGUUGAGGAGUUGAAAGUGAGCGCUGACUCGGAACUCCUCAGGGUCCUCAACCUUCACUAUAACAGGAACAACCACAUCGAGGUGCCCGAAAACUUCCGGUACGUGGUGGAGCAGACGCUGCGCGAGUUCUUCCGCGCCAUUGUGGCCGGCAAGGACCAGGAGCAGUCGUGGAAGAAGGCCAUCUACAAGGUUAUCGCCCGGCUGGACGACAACGUGCCCGAGUACUUCAAGUCGCCCAACUUUCUCGAGCAGCUAGAGUGACGCCGGGCCCCGCCUCCCGCCCUGGACCUGCUGGCGGCGGCCGCUGCCAUGAGGCCGCAGCCCGCGACGGCAGCGCCCUCUUGCUGGUGGCGCCUGGCCGCGCCGCCAGCGCCGCACCUGCCCCCAACGGCGGCGGCGGCAGCGGCAGCCGCAGCGGCGGCGACAGCAGCAGCGUCCUGGGGCCGCGUCUGGUGCCUCUGAGCCGCAAAUUGCAGGAUGGCCAUUCACUUCCACGAGCGGCGCGAACACGAGGCCGCGGCGGAGGGAACGACGAAGACAACCUCGCGAGGCGACGACACGACGCAACGCGAGCAGAGACAGGACUCCCUCCGCGCGCGCUCCAGUGGCCGCAGCGUAUACGAACGAGGAAACACAAGAAACUAUCGCGAGCGCCCCCUAGCUCCACCGCACGAGCAAAUUCCUCCUCCGAUGCACAGUCAACGGACGACGUCUCUCUCUUCACAACACGAACUGUGACCGGGAGCUUAGCAGUACCACUUGCAAGAAGGUGCUCUGCUCCAGAGCCGGUCUUCUGGAGCACUGCGUUUACCCACUGACCGGAAGGAUGUCUGGGUCCCGAAGCCACGCGUACUCACGCACACAAACACAACGCUGCCUAGAAGAAGACGUCUUCCCUGGCACCAAUCAUGACCGCUGGUGUUUGUACGCGACCUCUGUAGCAGGGACACUUCGCUUGUGGAGGAGCACCUCGCACUAGGUGAUAGCCAGUCCUGGACUGGCCGAGUGAAGAUGCCGCGCUGCAGAAGACGUCUUUCGAUGGGCCAGCAACAAAGCUUUAACUAAAGCAUCUUGCCCCAUGCACUGACCUUACAUGUGCGCUUCUGCAGAUCACGUGAGGACCGCUGUGCUGCUGUUCGCGUCUUCUUGCAGAAGUGCCCAGAAGUACAUUCUUGCAGGAGUACCUGAAGGGCCAUUCUUGCAGAAGUACCCAGAAUAACUUUCCCCGGAGCUACGAGCUUCGCCACCCCACUGGCGCUCUUGUCCUGCAGGGGGGGAAGUGCUUCGAUCGCCGUCCCGGAAGUGACGUCACGCACUCUCGUUCCACGAGCUGGCCGCGCUGGACGGAAAAUGCUGUGUGGUGAUAUGAAUCGGCAUUCGGCAGGCCUUGCUUCGGUGAGUGAUGACUCCGCGGCAAGAAUCUUUGUCUCGCGCCUAGUCGAACCGGCAUUCCGAAAAGAGUCGCCGGCUGUUCCCUUUUGGCCCUAAAAACUGGACGACGACAUUGUAUGUGUGUGCGCGUGCCGUGGUACAGCACGUGCGCGGUGGUGGUGACCGUGCGCGUUGCUGUCGCAUUGCUCGAGCAGACGACAGACAGACGGAGGACAGACAGCACGCCGUUCUGGAACUGAUGUGCUGCUUGAUGCUGCUGCACCUGCAAUGAUGAGUGUUUGCUCUCGGUGAUUUCAAGAGGUAGGAUCUGCAAAGCAUAUCUCAUUGUGACUAUAUAGUGUUGACCGACGGUCGUAACCGUACUCCGAGAAUCUUGUACAUAGGAUCAUACUGUAAUAGAGAGUGUGCGAAGGUAUCGCAAAGCGACUUUUUCCUUUUUUUUUUCGUUUUCACCCUCAGAGUGUAAGAUGUUCGUACGCAGUGUCACACUGGGCAUGACAUAUAUAAUAUAAAGAUGCACUUCACCAAAGACUAGCACGCGCACACACAUACCUGCGCUGCUCUUUUAUUUUUCUUUACUACUUAUCUCUUUGUGUGAGGGGAGAGGGGAGCACGCUGUGGCGCGAAGGCGUCCUCGGGCCGAAUUCCGCUCGGAAACAGCAAAAAAAAAAAAAAAAACUAACAAUAUUGACGUGCUUGUUGAGAUGCGAUAGCGACGAAGUGGUGUGGCACAAGGUUUCGCGCAGUUCUGCAUACACACCGCCAUAUAAAACGUGGUAUCUUCCUCUUGUCUUUUCAAGUCAACACAAAUCGCGUCAGCACGCGGCAGUCAAAGCACUGCCAGCAGACUUAUCGAUGGGAUUUCAUUUGGUGGUUAUAUUUUGUCUCCAAUUUUUUUUUACACGAUGCAAAGAGAUCAAAAACGCGUUUAUAUAUAUCUACACACAUAUAUAUAGAAGCAAUUAAUUUUUGCUGUACAAAUGACGUCGUCAAGAGCUGUUUUAGAGGAGUGUCCGAAUUUUUCGCUUUUUGUCUGUCAACGUCUCCGUUUUGUUCCUUCUUUUUUAUUAUUUCUUGUAGCGAGUGGUGCGUUUGUGCCGGUGUGUUUGUGUGUGCCCGACUGUUUGUGAUCACGUGUGACUGUGCCUGUCCUCUAUCUUCUCUACAAUUUGCUCUUUUCUUUUUUUUCUUGUGGCGAGCCACUUUUCUGUUCCAAGCCCGGUUAUAUGCCGUGCCCACACGCCUUGGGAUUCGUCUUCUAGCUGUCGUGUUUCCUGGGGCGCCGUGGCGUGGCAGUUUCUCUUGACAGUGUUGUCCCCUUCCCCCCCUUCGCUUCUAUUUUGUUAUUUUGGAUGUAUUAUUACCCUUUCCUUUAGGAUAGGAUGAGUGCGUGAAGUCCUAGUCGGCAGGGCGCGCUAAGGAAGGUGCGCUUGUGGCGCCCUCCGUCGGCAUGACCCGCUGUGUAAUUCUCUGUCGAGUCAACUUUUACUUUUUCCUCGCCUCCAAUUGCUGCUCUCAUAAUCUCUCGAAUCGGGCAUACAGCGAAUCGCGACUCCUCCUGACACCUAUAUCUGCCUCGCUGAUUUGGUUAGUUGACGUCGCCAGAUAAAUGGAACGCAUGAAAUCGUUCUCGACGCUCUAAGUUAAUGCGUACGUUAUAAACAGAAACAAAAUCGCACACGGAAAUUACGUUUGUCCUUAGGUAUACGUACUGUUGGAUCAAAACGGAUCACGCGAAGCAAAAAAAAAAGACAAGGUUUACAUUUGCUGCUUCCGGACGCGUCCUCUGUAAUUCUGUGUCAUCAUGAUACACGGGCGAUGUAUACGUCAGCCGCGGUUUCGUAAGUUCCCCCGAGGGAUUCGCGCAUUUGUCUCGUAGUUUUGUUUUUUUUUUUUCAUUGUCAUUUCCUGAUUGGGGUGAUCGCGAAGCUCGCAAAAUCUGAAAGUGACACUAAAGGGGUUCACUUAGUGUUACUUGAAUUUGAGCCGCAGCGAGAUUCACCAAGAUUACAGCUAUCACACCAAAGACUUCUUUUUUAAAUGUGCUAUUUGUCGCCUGAUAUCUGGCUCGUGUGUCCGUGGCCUCCUGUUUGUCCCAUCGCCUUCACCGGAUGAAUGCUAGUCAGCGUAUUGAGUCACUGUUUUCUUUACAAAUCUGUCCCCAUAUGUUUAUAGUGCAGCUGUGAGCGCCUUCUACUUCUUGUCGUCCUUUUUUAUUUGCCUGAUCUGCACAUCGGUUUUUAGACUUCUCAACAACUAUAUUGUCAACACGUACGCGCUGCUUGCUCGCGACCACAGCUCCAGCUAUGCUUCAGGGAGUGGUCACGUGACGGUGCAGGCGCCAUGUUGUUGGUCCUGCUCGCAGCUAAACUGAGAGAAGUUUAGAUGACGUCCAAUUUCUCGUCUUGGUUGAGCUGUAAAAUUCGCCGACUUUGCGAAAGGGUUCGCUUCACUCGUAACAGAGUUCGAAUUCAAUGCCCCAAUGCGGUUCACGUUUGCGCAAAGGUGGAUCAAAUUAAUCCGUUUAGCCUGCCCUUCUUGGAGUCAUCUGUCGCAGACAGUGACGUUGGCGUGGAUAGUUGCUUUCUUGACAGGAAAUGCAUAAGUUAGGAUGGAGGUCGGCGUGAGGGCGAUCAACUCCGAGCCGGCAACGGCGCAGCAUGGUGGCGAUUGCGAUGACGUCAGUGCCUACUCCGUGUGCAUGUGGAAAGAGAAGCUGGAGGAAUUCGCGUGCCGUCACACACGCCAUUUUGUUGCAAUUGCAGCUUCUACUGUGUUGCUGGUGUUGGGCGGAUCUAGAUAAAGGGCAAAUUUUCACCGCGCUGUCUAUAAGAAUGCGGCGGCCUCGAUGGCGUCAGUGCAUACCGCAUAUAGCGAAUCCUACCCUCGAUUGCAGCGCUGAAUUCUGUCUUACGUUGUCUUGAUCGUUUAUUACCGGAAGGAGGCUCCAUUCGUGAUGAGUUAGCCGUACACGUCUUGCCGACCUACAUAAUUUGAAAGCACGUCUUUGAUAGCCGCAGCGGAAGGGACUGAAAAAACGAACGCAAGAAUUGCAUAUCGAUAAAUAUGGUGAGCACGUCCCAGAAAUCUUGAGAAAGCGUGCUUACUUAGGGCAUGAAUCUUUGACAUAUAUUAUACACGCACCAUACCUCCUCAUUCAUAUAUUUGAAGUCACCGAAUCGUAUCGCUAUAGCUUAAUUUCGAAAGCUAACUCUUUUGUGUUACUAUAUUUUUAUUUUCUUUCGUUUACGGGAGGAGGCGUAAUGCCCCAGUGAGACCUUCCCAGCGAUACUGCAUAGUGCUCGCAUAGAGUUGUUGCGUGCGGUCUUGCGACUAGUCAUUUAGAGGAAGGCACGAGAUAUGACGCCAACUCUGUAAACAUCGCAGAUAUAACACUGUUCGCAAGGACAAAAGAAGGAAAAGAAGACCGGCAAACUUUCUUUUCGUGCACAGCCCGAAAACGACCAGCUUGUGUUACUACAGAAAAUACCGGGUUUCCUCAAAACCAGUGCGGUUAUACCUAUAGCACAUUCGCGGUCCUAAAACGGUAUCGGAAGUGGAAACAAGACGAAUUGGCAGCGAGCUAUAAAUCAUGUAGAGCUUCCUCCAAAAAAAAGUUACUAGUGGAAACACUGAUGCCAGUGUCUACGAAAUCCUCGAGCACGGCGGUUCGGCCAGCAUGAGAUUGAUGGCCGAACGAUACGUGGCUUCGAACGGCUUUGCGUCUUUGCAAAUUGAUCACUUCUAACGAGACGUUGACCUACAAACGCGACAAUUCGCAACGGUCACGCUCGUCGGCGGAGACUAGCCGCCCUGCUGUGUACUGAAAAUUAUAAUACGAGUGCUCUCGAAACUUAGAAGGAGAAAGCGUAACGGAAUGACAUCUCAAGAACGUCGUCCGAAGCCACAUGCAAGCUCGAAGAUAUAGGCUAAUUCACGUGCUAACCGUCAUUCCGGUGUUAUCGGAACGAUCCCAGUGCCAGAGUUCCCUCUAGUAAUAUUUGUAGGAAGCUAUAUUAUAAGUACUACAGUUAAACAGGGAGCAAACGCCCCGUGACGUCAUUCUUUCUUUCUUUUUUAAAGAAAACAAUGAACAGGACGUGGCUGCAGCGACACCGGCAAUUGGAGAUCUAUUGGCACGCUGCCUUCGCUUGUCGAGCUUCUUUUUUUGCUCUUCUCGUUCAUCCCUCCGUUCAUUUUGACUCGUCAGCGGGGGAGGACGCCAGUAUGCGUGUGUUGCUGCAGUGUUGCAACGCCACGGCGGCGAAACCUUUGUAGCGCGGGCCCUGUUCGGGUAACGUCGCGCGGACGACAGACGGCGUCCAAGACAAAACACGCGGCGCGUCAUCUCGAAUUGUCGCACGCCCGCCCUUGUUGUGUCUUCCGUUGUCACACCCGGUCGCCGGCUCCGGAAAACGCAGCAAGAACGAAUGAAGGCGGCCGCACUGCUAACGUGCCGUGUACACAGGAACGCUCUGUACAGUGCAACUCCCCAUCUGUCAUGUACUCCGUGCAGUGCGCCGAAAAAAGAAAGGCUAUAGUUAUACAGUGCCACCUAACACUAUUCAUAAACGAGAGAGGAAAUGAAAGAAAAAAAAUCUGACCCGCUAUCCGCCACUAAUCCUCCCGUGCCCUGGUAACCCAAACGCGAACUAUCACCGACUUCUUAAUGACCCACCACUGGACAAGCCAUUUUCUCUUUUUAACCUGGUCUUUCACUCUCUCUCUGUCUCGCUCUCUUCGGUCACCGCUACUUUAACAGAAAAUACGCAUCCCAUCCGGAAACCAAAGACGUCUCUCGUUGAAAUUGCUCGCCCCCGAUUCACAUGAGUCCCAAUGCAUACCCGCUCGCGAUUGCCUCUAAGUUGCAUAACGAAAUGCACACUUCCUGCCUGCCUGCUUCUGCUUCUGUUGAAUGAUAUUGCGACGACAUCGAACAAGUAAAACUCGAACAGGGCACUUCAAGCUCGAAGAUACACAAACGCACCAUGCAGGAAUUGCGCUGGUGGAUUCCAUAUAAGGAGCAGAGUUCUUUUUCCCCCUACAAAGAAUGGCAUACUAAGCUUAGAAAGUACACUAACCAUGCUAAUACGUUCGCUAACGAGCACUCCCUUCCUAUUUGUGUUUCAAAUUGAAAAGUACUUGUUCUGUUUUGUCUUGUUUUAUUCCUUGCACGGUAGUACGGAGUCAGGUAGUACGGAGUAGCACGGAGCCACGUUUCUGACUCGCGCUCAACACAGCCUCAAGCUCGUGCUUAUUACGAGUGCAUCGGAAUUAGCAGUGCACUUCACUGCGGCUGGGCCAAGCAGCUUAUUUUUUUGUGCUUUCUCAAUCUCCCCCCUUUCCUUUUCUUUUUUUAAUGGCACGGCUAACAUUAUUCUUCCUAGUGUCGACUCUUUGGUCGAUCGUCUCAUCGAUGCUAUGUGCUUUUCUGUUUUCAUCGGACAAAAAAUACAACGAGGAGCUUUUUCGCUUCUGUUUAUUGCGGCAGAUACCUUAAUUUAUGUUUGAGCUUCAGUUUAUUGUUUCUUAAACUACAGUGAAUGGGUUAGAGAUAAUAUACAGACGAGGGUUCCAAAGUCAAAGAUUGAAACGGGACCCAUCGUUGCAACAAACGCGGGAGAACAAGCUUUGCACUUAAUUCCUUUCUUGUCUUACGAUUCACUUGCGGCACAUAAACAGCGGCGCCUUUUGCCUCAAAUAUUACAUAUCAACCUUCUCUGCCUUCUACGUGUAAGUUUCCUUUACAAAAUUAUUUUUACAUACUAUAUGUUUCCUGUUGGAUUUAUAGUGUUAGACAAACUUUCUUUACAAAAGGUAUUGAAUUUCAUCUUUCACUUCUCUAAAGGUUAAACAUUGCUAUAAAUUCUGGUAAGUUGCAACAAGGUCCCCUUGGAGACUUAAACAAAACGUCAUGCGUGCUCCUUUUAUUCUUAUAGAGCUCUCACUUGAUCGUUUUGUUCCUUUCCUCGUUUCUAUGUUCAGCGUAACAGUCACUCGUACCGGUCACGUGGGCUAUCCUCUAAUUGUAACGUCUCUCUUGAAUACUAUACAAUGCAGACAUGCGCUGGCCCCAAACGCGUCUGUAACUUGCCACGACAUCCUUAUAAAGGCACCCUCAAAGAUACCGCCGCGCGCUUCGAUUCACGUAUCACUCGAGCCAAAGAAUCAAACGAAAACAGGCGUAGCUUCCUUGUGAACCCUGGAUGCGUGCGUUCCACAUUACGCUCUGCUACAAUGUCUAAUAAACCCGCCCUUUUUCUUUGACUUUGUUCUUUCUUUUUUGCAUGCCCGUUUGAUGCAUUCUCGAAAAUGUCCUCACCAUUCCACUCAUUUGGAGCUAUCUGCGGUGUGUCGAAAAGUAUUCACCGAACCUGGAACGCUAAAGCACACGCAAAGCUGACCGCAGACGCGUUCGUCGGGCGUGUUCGAAUAACAACACCCUUGCGAAAGGAAAGUAGCGCCGAAAAUUCCCUAGUGCUGGAGCCAGUUUCUCCCAUAAUUAACUCCAUUUACGAGUUCCCCGUACACCCCCAACGAAGUGUACUUUCUCUCUACUGACGCACAAGCGGAGUGAAACGUACUCCAUCGGGAGAAGGAACAUAUGCAAUAGGGCAGUACAAAAACUCUCGAAAAGGGCGUCAAAUUUGGGGCGACGUAUUAAUUUGGGGCGACACAGAAGACGUUGCCAGUACUCCCAAUGUUUUGGAGUGCAGACAGGAGGCAUAUUUCCUUAUAGUAUGAGAGUAUGUUCUGGCUGCUGUUAUCAGCUACUGUUAAGGGGCGUUUGAUUGGCAGUAUUUAGAGGGAUACUAAAAGGGAUGCGAUAGAGAAGUUAAUACUUAAAAGGUGUUAUUCGAAAGUUCUAUAGUAAUUCAUUUGAUUGGGAACAAAAUAAGUUGAUUCUUACUGAAGAAAACGAAGGCCCUGCUCCCUUCCUUUAUUUGAAGUUUGUUGCCUAAUCCCCACUGCCCGGGCUGCAGUAUGACGUCACAUGUACCGAAAUGUUUUCUCCCACUUGCUUGGUUGAGUGGUUGGUUUGUUAAUACAGCGUAGUCAUUGUUUACCGAUAAACAAAUAGCUAAAGCCGAGUGGGCCGCUUUCAAAAUUCAUUACGUCACGGGUAGUACGGCAACUUCGCGGCGGCGUUGCCACCCGCCUACCGUUUGCUAUUUUGCUAUCGCAGAAGUGUAAUUUACUAAUACCGGUAUACUUAACAUUCCGCAUUGGUGUCCCUUUAAAGAAAAUGCGGAAAGAAGGCUAAACACUGCUAGUAUGCUGUCUCCCUCUUGUUGUUCCGAUGAAGGGAGCCUAAAUUUCUUUCAAGUGCCUUUCCUUGCGCGCCUUUUUCAAGCUCUCUGACUCGGCGACCUAUCCCUCCAGUGUGUGUGAUGUCAAUGUAUCUUCCUCGAGGUUACGGCUGUAUUUCACCCUUCCCGUAUUCGCAUAUCCGUAGCACGUUGCCUCUUUCAAUGCUGACCCCAUUCCAGCCGACUCUACCCCUGACCUCUUUCAGGCGCUUCGGAUUGUCAGACAUAUUCAGAUCGCUGGCUGCAGUGUUGUCUGGGGAUGCGUAUACCGCAGUUUCGCCCGCGGUGUCUGACAAGACACGCGCCUCUAAACGUGGCCUCCGAGAUGUACGGCGCGCGCGCCGCGUGAGCUGGAGAUUUCGGAUGACAAGCAUCGAAGAUGUGGCGUAUCAGGAUUGGCCAUGUAGGGGGCGCACAUUUCGCGUUCGUUUGUUCCAGGUGAGACGCACGCACUUCGAUUACGUGCGUCCGAGUUGCGGCCGUUCGCCAACACAAUGCAAGGUUGGUGCUACCAUUUGCGACAGCUCUUUCGACGGCUGCUGAGGAAAGGAAAAGCCUGCCUUUCGUGCUUACUGAGUAACCGAGCUGAAAGGCUUGGCUCCGUUAGAUGUGAUUAUUCCUCAGGAGAAUAAUUUGCCGACGUUAUUGUGCUCUUCCGCAUAUUGUUGACGCUCCCUGCGUAGACGAUCCUCGAUGCUUGCCGCGCGAAUGCCGAAAGCUGUGCAAACGCCCCGACACCGUCUUCUAUCGCACACUUCCCCCAUUUCGGACUGUAGCGCAAAAUGAAUGAAGCUCUUGUAUAACUAGUUGGAGACCCCACAUCAUCUACUUCAACGUCUGUCCUCCACUCCGCCCAAGUAACCGUCAUGUCGCUGUCUCGUUUCUCCCUCGUUCCAAAAGAAAGUAUCGAUUCGUGACACUCAGUUGCAUCUCAUAAGAAAGCCUACAUCAUUUAUGACUGACAAUGAAGUGUAAAUUACUUUCCUUAGCUUCCGUUCUAUAUACAUGUCUAUUUGAACAAUUAUCCGUUUGAGCUACUCUAUGUUUCUUGAGGCGCUGUUUCUGAGAAUAGUUGCGUUGACGUAUAUGUUGGUACGAUGUUUCUGGCGCCAAGAGUUGUCCUGCCUGAAAUUUCUUGCCUUCUUUUUUGUCUAAUACUUUGCCACUUACGAGAAAGCGUUACCGGCACACCCUCGUGUAUGAGUGUCAACAUUUGAGGAAGCGGUUCUUUGAAUUUGUUUGCUAGCUUUACCCGGUGUGAAUUUGUUUACCUUGUCAUUUACAUGUGUGCAGGAAAUCUCAUCUCGCGAGAUCGUUUCCCACCUAAUCAGGAUAGCACGUUGCUUGCCCAGCGAGCAAUGUUCUCACGUCUGCAGAAACCUUUGUUGGACGUUUACAAACUUUCGUCAGUCUUCUGCUGAAAAGUCAACAGAAACUUAGCGGAAGCUUUCUUUUUCGGGCUUGAACUCAUCAAGUUAAAGAGGGUGAUAUAUUAGCACACGCUCUUGAGAGGCGCAUCAUGAUACUGAAAGUCUUGCGAGUCGCCUGAACAUGAGUCUGUUGAAAGCCAAUAGACCGCCAUAAAUCUUGUCAACAGAAACCUAACAUUUCGUUUUCUUUGCGAGGGAUACUGAAUAAUCGUGCAGUGCUUUCGCAUGAAUUCCAUUCCCACAUUUACGCAAUUGUUUUCUUCUUUUUUUUUGAAGUCGAUUGUGUUGAUUGUGUAUGUGCCUGGUAUUCAACGAGUCAAUAUGAACAGAACAAAGGUUUUAUUUUGUGUAGGGGGCGUGCGCGUGAGAUUAAGCCCCCAACGAGUCAUGCUUGAGAAUCUUCCGCCAGCUGCGUCGUCUCGAAGUGUAUACAUUCCUGGCACCCUUUUACGUGCCCGCUUGCGAUCGUUGAAAUCAAGCGCUCCUGUAAAAAAGAAAGCAAAGCGUUUUGUGGUUGUUGCGCGUGACCUUCCUCUGCACCGUUUUAUUUGAGUGUGUGCGUGUUUGCCCCCGUUGGGGACGAUGCUUUAUGAAUGCACUGUUUGCGUGCAGUGCGCGAUGAAUGCCGAUGCGGUGAAAUCGCAGCGCCCGACGGAGUGAUAAAGUGAUUCUUCUACUUCAUUCCUUAUGAUGACACAGACCUGUUUUCCAGUUUUAACUUUCAAACUGAGUGUGCGCGCGUGUGUGAGUGAGUCUCUGCGUGGAGUGCUUGUUUGUCAUGUUAUGACGCGAGAGAUGAAACAAAAUGGUGACGGUAAAAAAAAAGUGUUAUCGCGUGUACAAAGUAUAUAUACACGUAAAUACAUAUCUAUAAAUAUACAUAAAUAUAUAUAUAAUAUACAUAAGUAUAAAUAUUUACAUAGGUGAUUGCUUUCUCUGAUUUUCCUCUGUCUUAUGCUUGUUUUGUCACCCUGCACGUCUCACAUCGUCACAUGUAUAGAUUUAUCGACAGCAGGGUCCACUUUCUUGUUUCGUUUCUUUAUCUACCGCGGUUGAAAUGUUCGAGGAAGAAGGCAUAUCAUGGUAAUAUAUUCACACAAACUAUAAUAUACAUACAUGGGCAUAUCACCUUACAUUUGUCGCUCGACGCAGGUGAACUCUUUUCUACACGUGAUGUUCCCGGAACUCGUUCUGUCGCUCUUUUUGCCUUUCGUGACGCACCCAAAAGCGUCGGUCUAACCGGGCUUGCGAGGUGCUGUACCUGCGUUCUGGCGAAAGCGCCCGCUGUACGCAUUGCCUGACGAAAGGCGCGCCAGAUUUCAAUAGCUGGUGAAUUCGAUUGUGUUGAAUUGCUGUUGAAUUUUUAUUGAAAUCUGGUACUCCUUCCGCAAGCAAGUGGUUGUCCAUACUGUGUGUCGCCGGAGAUGGCGAGGCUACGCGAUGCCCCUGCGCUGGUCUCUCUAGAGAGAUUAGCGAACCCAGGCCGGUUUGUUCGAAUCGCUGUCGUGUCUCGUGUGUACACAGAGAGUUCCGUUUCUGGUCGCCUUGUGUCGAAAUAACGAAUCGCCUGCUUAAGCGAAACUUUUUCUAUGUAUGGAGACACUAUAGUGUCACGUGUGCAGUCGAAUUGCCUAAUCCAUUGGAAAUGCUAAUACAGUGGCUCAAGGUGAACGCUGUAGGUCUUUUCUAGUAUUAAUUUCAGUUGGCUCCUUUUCAGGAGGCAGCACUUUGCACUGUCAGAUAAGCAAACAAACAAGUUGUAACGUGCUGUGAUAGUUACCGCUGACCUUGAUUCUCUUCAAGCCAUCGUCGGAGAAGUUUCGCAGGCAGAGUCGUUCUAACCAUACUGAUGAUUAGGAUUGUAUUUAUAAAGGGGCUCUUUGCCUACAGCCAGAUUUGUAGCCGUUGCAGAAAUUCUCUUGAGCUUUUAUUAGCUGUUGCUAUCAACAGACUUUGCCUUCAGGACAACGACAAACGGAAGCAUCUGACAAACGAGACACGACUACCUAGCCUCGCCAGAUUAAAAUCUGUCUCCUACUUUGUGAAACGCGCUGCAAGGACAACUCGGUGCACUGUCACGAUUCUGUGAACUAAAAUGGGUGUUCUCAAGAUCAGCUGUCAUGUUAGACAAUUGUCGCGCGUCGAUGCUGUGAAAACAAAAAAAAAGUGUGUGCGGACGAGAUUUUCUUGUUUUUUUUUAAUUCCCCGCUGUUGGACUUCGUGUAUUUAUUGAAGAAUGUAAGAGGAAUCUCUGUGCUUGUCUCUGUUCCUUCUUGCCACUGUGUUGUUUGUUUGUCCCGAGCAAACGACGUGUCCUUGAAAAUCGGCGAGGCCGAUCUUUCCAAGCUCUAUGCCUCUCGCGCGAGCGGCACACGCGAGAUCUUUUGACGCUCGGACUGUUUUUGCGUGUGCGUGUGCUGUGUAUAGCAAAGCCUGCCACUGUCGCCACCACCACCCACAAUCCUUCACACCUUCCAUUCCAUCUUCGCUCUCUCUCGCUCAGUUACAAAUAAAAGCAAAUUUAUAAGAAAGUCAA